GCUCAAUUCAGAUGCAUCAAACUCGUCGAAACGAUUGGUACGCAAACUUACAAGCGAAUACAACAAAAUGGCAAAGAUUUCAGUUUUACUAGUUUUGGGCGUUUGUUUGGCGUUCCAGCUCGUCACCGCCUUUCCGCAUCAAAAGCCCUCAACCGCCAAUGAGGAGGAUGGUAUCAAAUUAAAGGAAUUGAAAAUCUCAAAUGAAUCGAAAUCCACAGACACUGAUUUUCGCAAAUUACUUCAGUCAGUGGUUUUUGAUAUACUGGCCGCUAUACAAGACUUUCCAACGACAUUGAUACAGGAAACGACAACGUUUCUUGACGACCUGCUAGUCGAACUGAAUGCAUUGCCUGAGAAAAAUGAUUAUGUCGAAGAACUUAUUCCAGAACUAACACAAUUGUUGGAACGUAUGAAGAAAGUUGAUUUAAAGGACGACUCUGUGUCUGGACUAAGAGAAAAGCAAGAAGUCUUAGAAGAAAUCUCAAGAGUGUAUGGGAACUUUGCGGUCAUAGCGAAGACAGACGAUGAAUCCAGUGAAACUGCUGUGUUGAAGAAAGUAUUUGAAAAAUUGGACUUAAAUGGACUAAAUGAUCGAGUCAAUAAUUCUAUGAAGGAAGCAGUGAAAACAUAUACGAAAAUUUUCGAGCGUUUCUGGAAUUCACUCAGUGAAGCUCAAAGGGAAGAACAUCUGGACAUGAGUGAUUGGUAUGAGCGUUUUCAAGCUAAAGAGACUACUCUGGGGAAAUACCAAACUUUUAUAGAGUUUCUACUAAUUCUCCAAAGAACACUUAUUAGCCAAUAAAUACUUAAAACACACCAAUUAACAUAGAACCAGAAUAUCUUUUCUUUAGCUUAGCGCUCACUGUUAAUCUGAAAUUAAUUACUUCUUUAAAGUACUUCCCAACAUUUCACUUUUAAAAGGCAAACAAUUCCAUUUUUUGUGUUUUUUUUCAUACUACGAAUUGACUGUUUACUGUAUUUUUAUUAUAGCAACAGGUGUAAAUAUUAAAUAAUAUCAAAUAAUUUAAAAAAACAAGA